AUGGAUUCUACCAAUCCUGGGAAACCCGUCGCUGAAACUCCCCUCGUCCGGACCGGGAACGGUCCGUUGGAAUCUCCUUCCCUGGCAAUGAAAUCGAAUGUGCCCAGCACAUCCACGACCAUCACCUCGAGCCAUUUCAAGCGUCCCCCGACCGCGUCCAACGGUAGCUGCGGUGUUCCAGCAAAAAUGCCCAAGAUGACCACGGGGUCCGUUGCCUCACAUGCCGCGUUGUUCAAAUCAACUGGCCAGAAGAGCGUAGCGAAACCUGCUGGAGCAGUUGGCGCAGCUGCUGCUCCACUGCGAAAGGCACCCCCGGUCUCCAAAGUGGCCAGUACGAUCAACAGGACGGCCGGUACGGGUAAAAAUGGUCCAACGGCUUCGAACGGACCGAAGAUAGUAAAUGGGGGAACGACGAGCGGCGUUGCAAAACAGGGAGUGGCCAAAUCAAUGAACAAACGAAUUCCACCCUAUGACUUCAAGGCUCGAUUCACUCACCUGCAGGAGAAGCACAAGGUGUUGCUGGAAAAGUAUAAGAAUAUAUGCAAAGAAUACGCAAGCCACGAAUCGCUGCAGGAUAUGUACGACGAGUGUUUCCAGGAGAUGAACGAGCUGAAGCAACAACGCGAGCAGCUAGUGUGCGAGCUGAGCGGUACACGCGACGAAAAGCGUUCACUGGAGGAAUCAAAUGCACAGCUUACCGCAGCUCUAGAGCGAUUGGAAUCUGAUCUAAAACUGUCUCGCGAUAAAUACACGGCAGUAAGUAAGGAGAAAGCCGAACUAAAGCGACAACUAGCGGAACUGGAAGAACGCUCAAACUUCUUAGAGACCAAGAACAUGGCCCUUGAAGAAACGAACGAUCGGAACGCGGAACUACUGUUCCAGGCAAACAUUGAGCGUAAGGAUCUGCACAACAUGGUCAUGGAUUUGCGGGGCAACAUUCGGGUGUUUUGUCGCGUGCGUCCACCACUGUUACCGUCGGAGGAGCAACGGAUCGAGUGUGGCUGGAAGUAUCUGGACGAGCAGUCGCUCGAGCUACUGGCCAUGGACGGUACUGGCAAACGGUACGAGUUCAGCUUUGAUCGCGUGUUCCAAGCACGCACCACGCAGACAGAUAUUUUCGAAAACGUGUCUCCUCUCAUCCAGUCCGCCCUCGAUGGCUACAAUGUGUGCAUCUUUGCGUACGGCCAGAUGGGAAGUGGCAAAACCUACACCAUGGACGGGGUGCCCGACAAUGUGGGAGUCAUUCCGCGUACGGUCGAUCUGAUCUUCAACGCGAUCAACGACUAUAAGCGCUUUGGCUGGGAGUAUGAGAUUCGAGUAAACUUCCUGGAAAUCUACAACGAGGUGCUGUAUGAUCUGCUGGACACAACUGGCACAUCGAAAGACCGUAAAAUACUGAGUACUAAGAACAAAACCGAUGUGUACGUGUCGAACAUCAUCGAGGAAACGGUCGAAACGCCGGGUCGACUCCAUCAGCUGAUGAGCAUCGCUAAGAUGAACCGUAGAACGGCAGCCACUGCCGGCAACGAGCGAUCGUCGCGGUCGCACGCCGUCACCAAGAUCAUACUCAUCGGUAGGCACCAGGAGAAGGGCGAGACGUGCGUUGGUUCGGUGAAUCUGGUCGAUUUGGCCGGUUCCGAGAGCCCCAAGACAAGCACGCGGAUGGACGAGACGAAGAACAUCAAUCGCUCGCUGAGCGAACUCACCAACGUCAUGCUGGCACUCAUGCAGCAUCGCGAUCACGUACCAUACCGCAACUCAAAACUUACGCACCUGUUGAUGCCGUUUCUGGGUGGCAACUCGAAGACGCUGAUGUUCGUGAAUGUGGCCCCGUUCCAGGACUGCUUCAACAAUACACUUGCUGCUUUGCACUUUGCGGAGCUCGUAAAAACAUGCAAAAUGCCAUAAAAUCGAAAAAACAAAGUUUUCUCGAUUGUAUAA